GUUCGUUUGCUCUUCUUCAACUACAGCUCCUGUUUGCUCAACGCAUAGAGGAAUUGUUUUCUUUGCAUUUCCGAAAGGGUUGGAUCGAGCAAAUUCCGGUGCCUAGCGUUUCGGCCUGAUAUAUCGACAGAAAUGCAACGCUCAGCAUUUCUCAUACUGUCGUUUCUGAGCGUCCAUGCGUUAUGCUGGCCAUACACUGAGUCGCUCGCUGAAUACAAUCUUAACGAGAAUAAAUCCGCCGAAGGUCCAAUCGAUUAUUGGGGAGCAUGGCCAGACCAUGAGUAUCAUCCGUCACCAGACAACUGGCGAUUCCCUAUCUAUACCAUAUUUCUGGAUCGCAUAUCCAACGGGGACCCGACAAAUGAUGACAUCAACGGGACUUCCUUUGAGCAUGUUUUGAACUCGAACCAGAUGCGUCAUGGUGGCGAUCUAGACGGCUUACUUGACACGUUGGAUUACAUCCAGGGCAUGGGCUUCAAGGCUAUUUAUUUCGCCGGCACGUACUUGAUGAAUCUCCCUUGGGCCUACGAUGGCUACUCCCCCGUCGAUACCACCCUCCUCGACAUGCAUUUCGGCACGAUUGAGGACUGGAGACGAACUAUUACCGAGAUCCACGACCGGGAUAUGUACGUGCUAGUAGAUAACACAUUGUCAACGAUGAGUAACCUGGUCGGAUUUAAAGGUCAUCUGAACGACUCAGCCGACUUCCGGGCCCACGAAUACGAAGUUGAAUGGGUCACAGAUAGAAAGUAUGCCGAUUUCGGAGUUGGGAAUGAAUACAACGAAACUUGUAACUACCCAAAAUUUUGGAAUGAGACGGGAUACCCGUUACUUUCCGGUGGAGUUGAAGACCUCAAGGGUUGCUAUGAUAGCGACUUUGACCAAUAUGGAGAGCUUGAAGCGUUCGGCAACUUCCCAGACUGGCAGCGUCAACUUACUAAAUUUGCCUCCGUGCAGGAUCGCCUGCGCGAAUGGCACAAGCCGGUCCGAGACGUCAUCACCAGGCAUUCAUGCUUUCAGAUUGCUAGUUUGGAUAUCGACGGGUUCCGUUUUGACAAGGCCGUCCAGUCAACCCUCGAACCCUUGAGCGAGAUGACCGCUUUUUACCGCGAAUGUGCGAAACGGUUCGGCAAGAACAAUUUCUUCCUUCCCGGUGAAAUCACGUCUGGAGACACAUUCGGCAGUUUGUACCUCGGCCGCGGGCGUCAACCAGAUCAGCGCCCGAAGGACGCAGGUGCUGGCGCUAAGCUAACCAACAAUUCGGACUCGCACUUCUUGAGAGCCGAUGGGUUGCAAGCAUUGGAUGCCUCCGCAUUUCACUAUACCAUCUAUCGUUCAAUGACCCGAUUUUUGGGGAUAGAUGGUAAUCUGGUUGCUGAUUUCGACUUGCCCACUGAUUUCAUUGAGGCCUGGAAUGAGAUGCUUCGGACGAACGACUUUCUUAAUGCCUUCACUGGGGAACUAGAUCCGAGGCAUAUGUAUGGCGUCUCGAACCAAGACAAUUUCCGCUGGCCGGCAGUCAAAAACGGUACGGACAAAUUCCUUCUCGGUCUGUAUAUCAUCACGCUGGAGCUCCCCGGAAUCCCACUUGUCCUAUGGGGAGAAGAGCAGGCGAUGUAUGUGUUUGAUGCCACUGCAUCUAAUUAUAUGUUCGGCCGACAGCCCAUGACGUACCAAACCGCAUGGUGGACGCAGGGCUGUUUCAAUUUGAAUACCUCAAAAUUCUACGACUUUCCCAUUGAAAAAGGUCUACAUGGAUGCAACGAUAUCACCGUCACGUAUGAUCAGCGAAACCCGGCUCACCCAAUUCGCAACAUCAUGAAGAGGAUGUUCGAAAUCCGAACGCAAUACCCAGUUGCCAAUGAUGGCUUGUAUCUUGAGACACUCUCCCAGCUCACUAGAGAGAUAUUCCUUCCUGGAUCCUCUACUACUCCCACAGUCACCGGCCUAUGGUCGGUGCUACGAAGCUAUUUUCCUGAAGUCCAGAAAGAAGCAUCGGAAACAUCCAAUGGCAAUGGAACUCUGUGGCUGGUGUAUCAAAAUGGAAACGCAACAGACACUUAUGGCGGCAACUGCAGUAACAAAAAUACGGCACUGUUGGCUCCAUUCAAGUCAAAGACCAAGCUGAAGAAUCUUUUCUAUCCUUAUGAGGAGCUCACUUUGCGUGACGGACCUAAUAGCCAAGAUGAAGAUGGCUACGGAUGUGUCCCUCGCAUGAAGUUGCUGCCAUGGGAAUAUCGGGCAUAUGUGGAGGCCGACAGUUUUGUUGAGCCAAGUCCUACUGUUACUGAAUUUCUUCCCGGACACGACGCUCGGUUCAUUUCUCCACAAGAUGUGGGUGAAACUAUUCCAAUUCAGCUAGGAUAUUCAAAAGAGAUGAGUUGUGACAGCAUUACCAACGCGAUUAUCGUGAAUUCAACGACAGAAAAGGGCAUCGCUGCGUCUCUUGAUACUUCCAGUGUGAAGUGCACCAAUGUCUCUGCCAGAACGAGCGGUGAUUCGUUUGUCGGUGAGGUUCCGACCGUAUGGACGUGGUCUGCUAAGUUGAGCAAUGCCCACCACGGAAUCCACCAGCUGACGGUUAACAACGUUUCCGCCUCUGGGGCACACACCAACUCAAUCGACAAAUUUUUGCUUCGAGUUGGCCCUUUGAGCAAUCCUCUGAUGUCUCCGCUUUCGAAUUACUCUUCCACUCUGGUGCACAAAUCCGCCGAUAACUUCUACAUCCAGCAUAACGCGGCCGGCGCAGAUCGAUUCCGCUACUCAACCGAUUUUGGUCGGACAUGGUCGGAUUGGAAGGCUUAUUUGGGUGGAAACACUACAAUUAAUAUCCCGUCUUGGACAGGCACGGACAAUCAAAAGUGGAAGGGAACUCACAUUCGUGUCCAGUACUUUUCGAGGCUCACGGGGAGCAGCGAUUAUAUACAGGAAGGUGAUUAUGACUGGGAUGAUGACGCAACUCGGAGAUUCCCUCAUCUGUGGUGGAACGGUCCAUACAACCAGUAUGGCUACGAUGCAGGACUGGAUAACAGGAUGAGGUACGACUCCGAGACAUCAAGUUGGAGGUACGAUUUUGUCUAUGAAUGGCCGGCUGUUGGACAGCUGAAUGUCUGGGGAACCGACAAGGUAGGCACGCCGGAUACCACAGAGGUUUAUGGCGAUGUUGAUAGCUCCUCUGUGGUCCAGAAGCUUCCUCCGUCGUAUCUUUCGUCCAACGUCAUCAAUAUCACAACUUUACCCCCAUUCCCAUAUCUUGGCUGGACCAUCUCCCUCAACGAUGGCAACUUGCGAUACCAAUUAAUUCCAGUUGGAUCAGGAUGGGUCCAGCUUGUGCUCUUCAUUCUCUUGUGGGUUCUUCCGGUCCUGAUGGGCUUAUCUGGUGUUCUCAUUUUUAUCCGAACCUUUUACCGUGUCAAGUUCAAUAAAGAUGGUAACGUGGUCAAAGAAGGUAGGCUACAAGUCCUGUUUUGGCGGAGGGUUAAAGACAAGAUCGCCGGGGACGAUGGAUCGCCGAAGAUAAUGCCAGAAACGGCCGUGUCGACAGACAUUGCUGCCGCGGGCGCCUCCAACCAACGACGCACAGUAUUGAUCGCAACAAUGGAAUACGACAUCCAAGACUGGGGGCUGAAGGUUAAGAUUGGAGGUCUCGGUGUGAUGGCCCAGCUCAUGUCCCAGAACUUGAAGCAUCAGAAUCUUAUCUGGGUGGUUCCAUGCGUCACUGAUAUCGAGUAUCCCCAAGACACGCCUGCUGAGCCUUAUGUGAUUACGAUACUAGAUAACCCAUAUUUGGUGAAAGUACAGUAUCACGUAGUCGAAAACAUUACAUAUGUUCUGCUUGACGCUCCCGUCUUUCGUCAGCAGACUAAAGCAGAGCCCUAUCCUCCCCGUAUGGACGACCUUGAUAGUGCAGUUUACUAUUCAGCGUGGAAUCAGUGUAUCGCAGAAACGAUGAAGCGAUCACCGGCGAUUGACCUGUACCAUAUCAACGACUUCCAUGGGUGCCUGGCACCGCUUUAUCUGUUGCCGACUCGCACGAUACCCGUUUGUCUUUCAUUGCAUAACGCGGAGUUCCAAGGCCUUUGGGCGCUGCGAACAUUGCAAGAAAAGAAAGAAGUUUGUUCUGUGUUCAAUAUACCACUUGAAAUUGCAACCAAAUACUGCCAAUUCGGGAAUGUGUUCAAUUUACUUCACACCGGUGCUAGCUAUUUGCGAUAUCAUCAACGUGGCUUCGGCGCAGUUGGUGUGUCGCAGAAGUAUAGCAAGCGGUCAUGGGCUCGCUAUCCAAUUUUCUGGAGUCUUGAUAAAAUUGGCAGUCUCCCAAACCCAGACCCCUCCGACACAGGCACGUUGGAGGAUAGCUCCGUCGGGGAAGUUCCUAUUCAGUCCUGCGAUGAACGAAUAAGCGAAAAGUUGAAGGCACAGAAGUGGGCUGGUCUGAGUGAGGAUCGCAAUGCUGAUCUGUUGGUAUUCGUUGGACGAUGGUCAAAGCAGAAGGGCGUUGACUUGAUUGCAGAUGUCAUACCGGCGGUAUUGUUUGCGAGACCGCAGGUUCAAUUGAUCUGUGUCGGCCCUAUCGUCGACCUAUAUGGCAGGCUCGCUGCUGUCAAGCUGGAGCGCAUCAUGGAAAUGUUUCCAGGUCGUAUUUUCUCGAAGCCAGAGUUUACUGUCCUGCCUCCCUAUGUAUUUUCUGGUGCUGACUUUGCCUUGAUCCCCUCUCGGGACGAACCAUUCGGACUGAUUGCCGUUGAAUUUGGACGGAAGGGUGCUCUUGGGAUCGGCUCUCGCAUUGGGGGUCUAGGCCAGAUGCCUGGUUGGUGGUAUACUGUGGAAUCCGACUCAGCGCGUCAUCUCUUGCAUCAAUUGAGAACGGCAAUCAAGUCUGCUCUUGACUCGUCAGAAGAGACACGAAGGGAAAUGCGGGCAAACUCUGCCAAGCAGCGAUUCCCCGUCCUUGAAUGGACCCAUAAACUCGAAGUCUUGCAACGGACAGCAAUCCACAUCCAUCAUGCGAAGAACCGAACUACCACGGCGGGCCCCGCACGGUCACAAAUAUACUCAGAGAUGCGGGACGAGCAUUUCUCAACGGUGGCCCUUCCAAGACUCGAUAUGUCCCUGGCAGAGGGCUUGGACUCGCCACCAGUGAGAACAUCACAACUCGCUCACCCAUCUCUCCAAGAACUACAGGCAGCUGACCACCUUAGGGGCACUGAAAGUAACAGGAGCAGCAUUCUGGGUCGCAAACUCUCGCUUGGACGGCGAGAUGGCCCUGGCCAGGGCAGGAAGCGCCUUGUCAAGAAGUCAUUGCGCGAGAGUCAAAUUUCCGACCAGAGAGCUGAAAGUGAUACCACGGACGCUGAAGACGAAGGCACCGACACGCCACAGGAGGAUUACAUUUCCCCCGAAGAGGCGGUGGCAGCCGUUAACCGGGCUCUUGGGUCUCAGGAAGUUGGUUCUUAUCGAAACAACAGCUGCCACUCUCCACGCUGGUCCGAGAUAUCUACCCCGGACUCGUCAAGUUUUGUCUCGCGGGAGUCUUCUCCAGUGAGAGCUCCUCUCUCUCACAUCCGCAAUGUGUCUGUUCUUUCGUUGCCGUCUGUCAUCGGCGAUCACGAUCAAUCUGUCUUCGAGCUGCAGAAGGUCGAUCCAACCUUUACUGACAGAAUGGGUCACUUCACGCGGCACUUCGAAACGCUUCUGACCAAGCUGAAUACCAAAAAUUCUAUCACGGACUACUGUAUUGAGACGUACUUGAUGAAGAGCGAGCGGAAAUUCUUCAACAUGUACAAUGACGCGCAGUUGAAAGUUCAGCCUAAAGAACGUGCACUGGAUGAAGCUGCUUCGGAGGAUGCCCUCGAUAAUGCGGCGUAUACUCGCGUUUCUCGGGUUCCUGGAGAGCUGGAAACUAAUGAUCUUGGUGAAAUUGAUGAAUGGCUCUCUCGGCUGGGAUACAAGAGACCGAUUGCCAUCCAGAGGUUUAUGAGACGCCGUGUUGGAAAUUGGCCUGUCUACGCUCUGUUCUUGGGCCUUGGCCAGAUCAUCGCGACAAACUCGGCACAGGUAACUCUUCUCGUUGGUCAGGUAGGCGAGACUGCUGUUAAGCUCUACAUUAUUGCGACCAUCUAUUGCGUCUCAACUAUCGCUUGGUGGACUCUCUUCUACCGCUUCCCAUCGGUGAUUGUCCUCAGUCUCCCAUGGCUGUUAUACUCUCUAGCAUUCAUGGUCAUCGGCGUUUCACCCUUCGGGAUCACUAGUCUCGGUCGAGCAUGGGCACAGAAUGUUGCCGCAGGCGUCUAUGCGGCUGCCUCUUCCAGUGGAUCUCUGUUCUUUGCGCUGAACUUUGGCGACCAGGGUGCAAUUCCCGUGAAAGACUGGAUGUUCCGCGCAAGUCUUAUCCAGGGAAUCCAACAGAUUUACACGGUUGCACUGUGGUACUGGAGCUCCAGGGUCACUGCGGUAGAGAUUGGGGGCGUUUCUACGGCUACUUUAAAUACAUGGAAACUCACUGCUGUGGUGAUCCCUAUCGCCGCAGUAUGUCUUGUCAUUGGCGUUGUACUUGCUCUUGGCCUGCCGAAAUACUAUCGUCAAUCUCCUGGAAAGGUCCUAUUUUUUGACACGUCACUCUUCCGCCGGCGUAUUGUUCUCUGGUUCUUCUUCAUGGUCAUUAUCCAGAACUGGUUCCUCGCUGCGGCGUUUGGCCGGAACUGGUCUUUCUUGUGGUCAUCUAAACAUGCCAAGACAUGGGAGGUGGUACUUUUAGUGGUAUUCUUCUUUGUCAUUCUUUGGAUAGUUGCGCUACUCAUUUUCCGAUUCCUAUCCAAAGAGCACAGCUGGAUCUUACCCGUUUUCGGACUAAGUGUUGGCGCACCGCGCUGGGCGCAAACUUGGUGGGGAACCUCUAACAUCGGAUUCUACCUCCCGUGGACAAGCAGUCUGACCUCCGGGGCUCUCGCCUCUCGCUGUGUCUGGCUCUGGCUGGGGUUCCUUGAUGAGAUUCAACAAGUCGGCCUGGGAAUGAUCCUUUUGCAGACCCUAACCAGAGUCCAUGUCUGCUUCGUCCUACUAGUCGCCCAGAUUCUUGGGUCUAUCGCUACCAUUUGUGCCCGUGGAUUUGCUCCAAACAAUGUCGGUCCGGCAGGCAUCUCUCCGGAUGUAGGCUCGUCAACGGACAAAGUAGCCAAUGCGUGGUUCUGGGCCGCCCUUUUCUUCCAGCUUUUGGCCAGUUUUGGGUUCCUUUUAUUUUAUCGGCGCGAACAGCUUAACCGACCCUGAGCUGUCUACAACUUUUGCAUAUCGGAUCUGCAGAUCGCAUCACCAAGUGUCAACAAUUGGAGUUGUCAUCCAAAUCCAGGCAGAGCCAUGAGUGAACGUAAAUCAAAAAUGCUAGAUGUGCAUAGAUGUUUGACUUUGAAUCUUCCAGGCAUAUUGUGCCUGUCGGAGGUAACACUUGCC